CUUCGAUUUCCAUAUAUGUAGUCUUCUUCCUUGAUUUGUCUCUCUGAUAAGCAAAAUCCUCUCUCUUUUUUCCAUCCUCAUAGUUCCCUUUCAAACUCGACAGGGCACACCCACACGCACAGGGGACCCAGAGGGGAAGUGGGUUUUUCCGAUUUCAUGUCAUCGCCGGCGGCCUCGUAUUGGUGCUAUAGGUGCAGCCGAUUCGUUCGAGCAUGGAGGCAGUUCGGGGCGGAGGACAGAAUUACCUGUCCAGAUUGCGAAACUGGAUUUGUCGAAGAGCUCGAGAUCCAAGAAGACACCGAGAACCGGAGAUUUCCUCCUCCGUCUUCUUCUGCCGCUGCUGCUGCAGCCACCGCCGCUAUGUUAAUGAUAGGUACUCUUCCUGCUACAGAUCAAACUAAUCCUCUUCGUAGAACCCGUAGGAACGCUGGUGACCGUUCCCCGAUUAAUCCCGUUAUUGUGCUUCGUGGAGGAAGCGUCGGUGGAGGGACAGGGCAAUCCGACAAUGGAGUCAACGAGGGUGGUGGACGAGGAUUUGAGUUGUAUUAUGACGAUGGAAGUGGGUCUGGGUUGAGACCUUUGCCGCCGAGCAUGUCGGAAUUUUUAUUGGGAUCUGGAUUUGAAAGAUUAUUAGAUCAGAUAUCGCAGAUUGAGAUUAAUGGGCUCGGUCGAUACGAGCACCCGCCGGCGUCUAAGUCGGCGAUUGAGUCGAUGCCGACUAUAAUGAUAAGCGAGUGCCACAUCUCUAUGGAGUCGCACUGUGCGGUGUGUAAAGAGCCCUUCGAAUUGGAAGCGGAGGCGAAAGAAAUGCCCUGUAAGCACAUAUAUCAUUCCGAUUGUAUACUUCCAUGGCUUUCACUUCGAAAUUCGUGCCCAGUUUGCCGCCAUGAGUUGCCUGGGGACGAUGAAUCAGGUAACGGGCGGGUAACGGGGGAGAAUAGUACUGAGGAGGAGGCGGUGGGAUUGACGAUAUGGAGGCUGCCCGGAGGUGGGUAUGCAGUGGGGAGGUUUACGGGAGCAAGGAGUGGGAUGAGAGAGUUGCCUGUGGUUUAUACAGAGAUGGAUGGUGGCUUUAAUAAUGGGGGUUUGCCAAGGAGGAUAUCAUGGGGGGCAAGAGGAGGGGGCAGAGGAAGAGAGAACGGAGGUGGCGGCAGAAGAGGAGGUGGCGGUGUUUGGCUUGGUUUUGGUCGGGCUUUAAGGCAUUGGUUUGCUUGUUUUGGUGGUGGAGUCGCCGGAGAGAGCUCAAAUCCUGAUUCAAGAAUCAGGAGGGGAAGGAGCAGUUCUUUUUGGGUUUUUAAUAACAGUGGUUCUUCAAGGAGGAGAAGAGUCUGGGAUGUGGAGGUCAAUGAGGGAAGGAGGAGGAGGUGAAAGCUGAAAACUUUGCCUGUAAUGGUGGUUUCUUAAUUAUUUGUACAUAUUGAAAUAUAUGAGAAAGCUGAAGAUUGGAAACAAAAAAAAAGAAAAGAAAGCCCCCCUUUUUUUGGUGAAUUUGGAAGAAGAAGUCAAUUUAAAUAAUUGCAAUUUGAAGAAAAUGAAUUGAGCAAGAAGCAGCAGAAGCAAGACAUUAGAGACUGGCAUUUGAAGAGUUAGAAAGGUACAGGGUAAGCUACCCUGUCUCAGUUCCAUGGUCUUUUUUUCUUUUUAUUUUUUUUUUUCAAAUGUAAUUUAUAAUUAGAAGCAGCCAGCUUUCUUUCCGUUUCUUCAAUUCUUGUCUUAAAACCUACAAAAAAAAUACACUAUUCAGCAAUGGUGACAGCUUUUAAUUGGGCAAUGGGUAUUUUCCAUUGAAAACUUGCAGCCGUCUUGGGGAAGAUCCUCACAUUGAAUUGAAUCAUGGCUUGAAUUCACAGCUGAA